AUGAGUAUUGCUGCAUAUGCGUAUGAAGCUGACAGAGCUAAACGUUUAUAUUUUGGUCAAUACUCUCUCACACUUACUGACAAAUAUAUUGUUAUUUCUGAUGGAAAUACCGAGAAAUACAUAACAUGGAAGGACUAUGAAAAGUUUGACCCUAUUUUAACUCCAUGCACUAUGCCAUUCAUUGUAAAUGGUGAAGUUGUCAUGAAGAACGACACAACUGUUUAUAGGUCUGUAUAUGAAGCGUUAGAAUAUAUGUUGAAUUAUAAUCCCGAAAGAUUUGACCCAAGCACUACGUCAUGUACAAUGCCUUUUAUUAAGGAUGGUGAAAUCGUAAGAGUUCCGAAUUCAACGGUUUACACAGCUGUUCAAAACAGUUUACAAAACAUUUUAGCGAAUAUCUUUAAUUCAGAAACUACAGAAAUAAAAUUACCAUAUAUAACAGAUGCUAAAGAAAUUAAAUCAAAAACGACAACAUUAUUUACGUCACUUAAUGAUUUAAUGACUUAUAUCAUUAAUAUUCCUGCACCAACUACAGCAUUUGAUCCAAACUCGACGGUUUGCAGUGUACCUUUCAUAAAGGACA